UCGGGCGGUGCUACAGGCCGUACCGUUACCUGAACGAUCGGAAGAUGGACCCGGUGUUCAGCCCGCCGCUUCACAGGCAGAGGCAUCAGUUUGUCAUCGACUUUGUGAAGAGGAACAAGCCCCGAAAAGUGGUGGACCUGGGCUGCGGUGAGUGCAGUCUGCUGCAGAAACUCAAGUUUCACCGUGAAAUUGAACUGCUGGUUGGCGUUGACAUCGACGGUGCCAAAGUAAAGAAGAAGAUGCAUGGAUUGGGUCCUAUGUCAACCGACUAUCUGCAGCCAACCUACGAUCAGCUGCGUGUCGAGCUCUACCAGGGCUCAGUCACACAAAAAGACGGCCGCCUCAGAGGGUUUGAUCUGGUCACCGGUAUAGAGCUGAUAGAGCAUCUCACUCUUGCCGAUUUGGAGCAUUUCUCUGAGGUGGUGUUUGGUUACAUGAACCCAGUGGCCGUUAUCAUCAGCACCCCGAACUCUGAAUUCAACCCUCUGUUCUCUGGACUGACCGGUUUCAGACACAUUGACCACAAGUUUGAGUGGACCAGAGCUGAGUUUCACUCCUGGGCUCUGAAGGUGUGUUUGGAGUACGGUUAUGAUGUGGAGUUCACUGGUGUUGGAAAGGCACCGCCAGGCCAGCAAGAGAGAGUCGGUUUCUGCUCCCAGAUUGGUGUGUUCCACCGGCUCGGGGGGAGAAAUUGCUGCAACCUGUUGUUUGAUGAUGAUGCAGAGGAUGUGUUUUCAUACAAACUGCUGUACAGCAUAAACUACCCCAGCCUGCGUGACAACAACAUCUUGCGGAGGGUCCUGGUGUGUGAGGUGUUGUACUGGGCAGAAAAGCUGAAGAGAAGAUGCACGGAGGAGAAGACUGGUGAGACACUUUUCCAGACUGAGGGAGGAGCAGAGGAGUGUGUCAGCUGGUCAGAGCGAUACAUGGAGGUGGAAAAGCAAAAAACAGCAGCCUGUGGAGCAGAGAUAAACAGUUCAGUGGAGCAGUGUGGCAGACGUGUGUCAGAGGAUCAGGGUGGAGAGAAGGAAGAGUUGUUUCGGAGAAACAGUCAGGGACAACAGGAGUCCUCUUGCAAACCGAACAGGUGUGUGUCUGUACCCCUGGCUGUGCUGUGGUCCUCUUGCCCCAAAAUCAGUGCUCUGAGUGGAAGUCUCACUAAUCUCAGACGUCUCCUGAUGGACAACCCAGAAGUUCAACUGAGCCAGGACAGCUCUGCUGUGCUUGUGCAGGAGCAAGAGCUUGAAGAGGAGAGUCAUGAUUUGGAGGACAGUGGCUAUGCAGAGGCCAGUCAGUGCUCCUAUAGUGCUGAGGAGGAAAGAGAAAACUGGGAGGCAAGUGAUUGAUUUAGAAGAUACAGCCUUGUUGGGACAACUAUGCUGCUUGUUCAGAUUUACUAAGGGAAAUCAACUGGACAGUGCGAGUACUAAUUCCCAAACUGUACUGUGGAAACUUUGAUUUUUGGAUUUAUUAGAUGGUUUGUUUGGAGUGUCACAAGGCAGGUCAAUGAAAAUAAAAUAUCUAAAAUGUUG